AUGGUCAACCAGCUCAAAUAUGGUCCGAUUCCAGUUCUCAAAGCCCUCAACUCCGAUUGGCAUGUGAUUAAGGCUAAACAGUAUCAUAUACAAUACUUGUCACUCCUCUCCAAAUACACUGGUGUAAGUCAAAAGUUUUGGGUGGAGGUGGAGGCUGAGCUUGUCAAUACCACAGAGGCUGCAAAGGAUACUCGGAAAAUAAGGUUCAACGGUGUGUUAGGCGAAGCUCUAGACUUGGUUGCUAGAUGGAGCAGGGAUGUGAUAACUGUUGAGAAGGUUGUUUUGGAACAAAGCAAUAGCCAGUAUGAGCUUCAAGGCGAAUACGUGUUGCCCAGGUCACGAGCUGGAAAAGAAACAGGAAAAGGGAACUUACUAAGAAGAGAAAUGGCUGGUCAUUUAGGGAGUGUGAUAUCUUUUAUGGGUCGCUGA